AGACGGAGAGCGAACGGUUGUGCACCGCCCGCCCGCUGGAGCUUCGGUCUCGGCCCGGACCCGCAGUAGGAGCGGCCGCCUCUUCCUCCUCCGUGAGAUUUUUUUGAUCUUCAGCUACAUUUCAGCUUUGUGAGUAACCUUACCAACAAAGGAGAUGGCUAGCAACGUUACCAACAAGACAGAUCCUCGAUCUAUGAAUUCCCGUGUGUUCAUUGGGAAUCUCAAUACUCUUGUGGUCAAGAAGUCUGAUGUGGAGGCAAUCUUUUCAAAGUAUGGCAAAAUUGUGGGUUGCUCUGUGCAUAAGGGCUUUGCCUUUGUCCAAUAUGUUAACGAAAGAAAUGCCCGGGCAGCUGUAGCUGGAGAGGAUGGCAGAAUGAUUGCUGGCCAGGUUUUAGAUAUUAAUCUGGCUGCAGAGCCAAAAGUGAACCGCGGGAAAGCAGGUGUGAAACGAUCUGCAGCGGAGAUGUACGGUUCCUCAUUUGAUUUGGACUAUGACUUUCAACGGGAUUAUUAUGACAGGAUGUACAGUUACCCAGCACGUGUUUCUCCUCCUCCUCCUAUUGCUCGAGCAGUGGUGCCUUCUAAACGCCAGCGUGUUUCUGGAAACACCUCUCGAAGGGGCAAAAGUGGAUUCAAUUCGAACAGUGGACAACAGGGCUCUUCUUCCAAAUCCGGAAAAUUGAAAGGUGAUGACCUUCAGGCCAUUAAGAAGGAGCUGACUCAAAUAAAACAAAAAGUGGAUUCUCUGCUGGAAAGCCUGGAAAAAAUUGAAAAAGAACAAAGCAAAAAAGCAGUAGAGUUGAAGAACGAGAAGUCGGAGGAGGAGCAGAGCAGUGCCUCUGUGAAGAAAGACGAGACGAACGUCAAGAUGGAGUCUGAGGCGGGUGCUGACGACUCUGCCGAGGAGGGCGACCUGCUGGACGACGACGACAAUGAGGACCGAGAGGAUGACCAGCUGGAGCUGAUCAAGAACGAUGAAAAAGAAGCAGAGGAAGGAGAGGAUGACAGAGACAGCGCCAAUGGGGGAGGAUGA